CGAUCCCCUCGUUAUAUUGAAAAGUAAGUUAAGUCCGUAUUUGAUUUAGAGUGAAGUAAUUGACGCGUGAUUUGUGGCAGUCAGCUGUGCGGUGUGCUCCACGGUGGCUAUUGCGACUACUGUACAUCGUCUCUUCAUUCGAAGGGGUCGAUAUUGGGCUGAUGAUGUAAGUUCUCGCUCUUGGAGAUGAAAGGUCCAUUAGCUCAAAGGUUUUUUUUUUUCCUGCCGUAGGCAUGGGCGCUGGUAUCCAUGACUGCUCUCUUUCUCCAGAUUGCGGCCGUGUUUAUGCAUUUACCAAAUCCCGAUGUCCUCUCGAGGUCCACGCGUAUAGCAGCUUACUACCUCAUGGCUACCACUUUCUACGUUGUUAUAUGGACAGCCCGGCUCUCGAUCUUAUUUUCGAUUAUCCGGCUGGAUCCCAGCGAGAACCGACGACGUAGACUCCUAUGCAUCGCUGCUCUAUUUAUCCUCGUUCUCACAAUCCUUAUCGCUCAGCUCUACUGGGUCUGUGAACCGGAGCCGCGGUGGAAGGACAUGCAGAGCCCCCAAUGCACCCUCAAUAAGCAAGUGGCUAUCUCCCAACUAGUCUCCGACGUGAUUGCGGAUCUCAUCUUGAUUCUCGCUCCGCUAAAACUCCUUGCCGGACUAGAAGACAAGGGUCUUCGACAUCGUCUCAUGGUCAUCUUCUCGACGUGCAUCGUGACGACUGUAGUAUCCCUCGUCCACGCGGCCUAUAUCCUCACUUCAGCCCCAACAAAGGUGGUCAUCUCGGCCAUAGUAGAGGACUGCUUUUCUUUGAUUGUGUGUAACAUCCCUGUGGUCGUCACGGCGGCAAUAAGAAUACGAGAAGAGUCGCAGCAUGGCAAGGCUAAGAAAGGACAACUGGUAUCUACCUUCCUGCAUUUCGCUUCGCGCGUCCUCACGCACAAAGACACGGCGGCGACUCAUCCUCACCUGCAUGUUGCGACGGUGAAGCUUGACGACAUAAAUACGGGGACGACGGGAACUUCUACGACGACUACGAUGACUCACAGUAAUAAGGACUUGACGACGUUUGAAUUGGAGGAUGAACCAGAUUUGCGUGCACCGAUUGGGCUAGACUCGCGUGCGUAUGGCAGUGGGACUAAAUCCUACGGACUUGUGUCUGGUUCAAGUGUCCAUGUAUGAUUGGACUAAAGACGUUUAUCGAUAUUCCCUACCACCGAUGUUAGCCUCCGGUUAUUAUAGUCCUCGAUAUCUUGAUCUCAAAAUUUAACAUAUUCUCGUGUAUUAUAACUUUACUUACUGCUGUAUCCAUCCACUUUUAGUAUCUUCUUUUUUGCUAUACACCGAGUCAGUGAUAAAUGCUUUUAAAACUAGAGGCAUAGAUCCCGUGGAAAAUCCUAUCCUCCGCUUCCUAACUAAUUGACGACAAUUAUCGAGAGUAAUUUGUUGGAAAACGGGGUAUCGGUUCGUUCCCAGUGUCACAUGCGCGGUAGCAAGCCAAUAGUAUUGCGCUUGGCUGAGCUCUGCAAAC